UGAUUUCAAAGUCCCAGACUGAACACUCACAGGAGCUUAAAGGCAGCACCAAGGUGAAGCUCCUCCGGAUUGUGUAACCUACAGCUUCUCCCUACCCAUGCCUUGACUUCCACCCAGCACUGUCUAAUUAGUCUGUGUCUAGUCCCUUGCUCUUGUAGGAUUGUCUCCAAGCAGAUCCCACUGCAAAGAGGGUUUUCCAGCUGGAAGAAACUUUCAGCAAGGAGUUCACACAGACAACGUACUUUGAAGGAAUGUCAGGAAGCAAUUGCACCGGAGCAACCGAGUUCAUCUUGGUGGGAUUCACCGAGGACCCGGCAAGUCAGGUCACUUUCUUCCUGCUGUUCCUGCUCAUCUACCUUGUCACCAUCCUGGGGAACCUGGCGAUGAUCACCUUGAUCAGAGCCAGCCCCCUGCUCCACUCCCCCAUGUAUUAUUUCCUGGGCAACCUGGCUUUUGUGAACCUCUGUACUUCCACCAUCAUUACCCCCAGGAUAUUGGGUGGGAUUUUGUUGGCGAAAAAGGGAAUGGCCUAUGCCGGGUGCAUGGCUCAGGUGUUCACUUUUGGCCUGUUUGUGGUCACUGAGUGCUUCCUACUGGCUACCAUGGCCUAUGACCGAUACGUGGCCGUUUGCCACCCGCUGCUCUACGCCCUUGUCAUGUCCCCAGAGCGCUGCUCCCGGCUGGUGACCGGGUCCUACCUCCUGGGGCUGACCAACGGCGUGGGACAAACCAUCAGCAUGUCCAGCUUGUUCUUCUGCGGCUCCAGCACCAUGGAUGUGUUCUUCUGUGACAUUUCCCUGCUGAUCUCACUCUCCACCUCUGACACCACCCUCAGCCUCGUCAUCCUGAGGGCUUCUUCAUCUUUGCUCGGCGUUCCCAGCAUGCUGGUGGUCCUGGUGUCCUACGUAGCCAUCAUCUCCACCAUCCUGAACAUCAGCUCAGCGGAGGGCAAGUGCAAAGCCUUCUCCACCUGUGCCUCCCACCUCGCCACUGUCAGCACCUUCUACGGGGCGUUGAUUUUCAUGUACCUAAUCCCCAGGCCAGACACCUCCAGGGGAGGAGAUAAAUGGGCUGCUGUGCUCUACACCGUGGUGACCCCCAUGCUGAACCCCUUGAUCUACAGCCUGAGGAACCGCGAGGUGAAGGAGGCUUGGAGGAGACUCAGGAAAAUAAAAUGAGCUUGGAUGUUUGAACGGUGUGGCCACG